AUGGCUGCCGUGCAGAGAGUAAAGCGAUGCCCCGGCUGCCACCAUACCAAGUUCAUCCAGGACAUGCUGGCCCUGCUGGGUGACCUUUCCUGUGAAAACUGUGGUAUGGUCCAGGAAGAGAACCCCAUUAUAUCCGAAGUCCAGUUUGGUGAAUCCUCCACUGGUGCUGCCAUGGUGCAGGGUGCCAUGGUCGGUGCUGAUCAGGUGAGAGCAAACUUCAGUAUGAGAAAUGCCAUGGAGCUGAGAGAACAGACGCUUCUUAGUGCCAAGCUGAAAAUCAAGAAAUUGGGAAGCGCCAUGAAGAUUCCCGAGUACAUUUUGGAGUCCGCAAGCGGCUGGUUCAAGCUUGCGUUGGUGCAGAACUUUGUCCAGGGUCGUCGUUCCCAGAACGUGAUCGCCGCCUGCUUGUACGUGGCGUGUCGUCACGAAAAGACCCACCACUUGUUGAUCGACUUCUCCUCGAGGCUCCAGAUCUCGGUAUUCUCGCUUGGUGCCACGUACCUCAAGCUCGUGAGAGCUUUGCAAAUCCAGAAACUCCCGCUUGCCGACCCUUCCCUAUUUAUUCAACACUUUGCCGAAAGACUAGAUUUUGGUGACCAGACAGCCAAAAUCUGCAGAGACGCUACGAAACUUGCUCUGACGAUGGCCAAGGACUGGAUCUACGAGGGAAGACGGCCCGCCGGUAUCGCCGGAGCGUGCCUUAUGCUUGCGGCCAGAAUGAACGAUCAGAGAAGGUCCCACGGUGAAAUCGUGGCCAUUGCUCGUGUGGGCCAGGAAACCAUCCAAAAGAGACUUAGCGAGUUUAGCAAAACGCAAUCUGGUGCCAUGACGCUUUCGCAGUUCCGUGAGUCGGAGGGCACUGAAUCUUCGCUUCCACCCUCCUUCACUCAAAACCGUAGAAUCGAGCUGAGAAUCCUGAGCAUCUUGAGCCAGCGGUCCCGUGUUGUCAAGCAGUAUAAGAAACUCGCAAGCCGAAACAAGUUGUUUGACGUUUUGUUUGAGCAGGAAACCGAUAAGAGGCCUGUGCCAAAGCUGGAAUCUAAUUCAGAUAUCGCAGCUCAGAAGUCUGAAGAGAGCGACAAGGAGAACACUAGGCAGGGCACGCCGAAGGACAGUGAAGAAGCAGCCGCUACAAACGAGAACAAUGAGGAGGAAGGCGAAAGCGAGGUCGACAAAGAUGCUAAUGAAACGAAUGAGAAGAGCCAAGAAGACAAUGCUGAAGGAGAAGCUGAUGCUUCAGCUAAAGCCAACGGCGAGAACGAUGGCGAAAACAAUGAAACCGCAAAUGGUAAUGAGGACGACGAAGAUGACGAAGACGAUGAGAUCUUCGACCUCUUACCUGAUGAUGACCCUCCACCACAGCCCAAGGAGGAUCAGCCCUACAAACCCACAACUAAAAGACUUUCAGGCCUUCGAACGGACUUUGGUCUCCGAAACCGCCUCCUGCGACCCACCUACGACGACAACUCCUUUGAAAAAGAGUAUGAUGCCUUGCCUGCAAAGCACGCUAGCCGUAGGAGACGUUCUACUACCGCCAGCGUGGUCAAGAAAGACGGUUUGUUGAGGUCAGUGUUGGCUGGAGGAGACCUCACAGAGAAAGAUGUGGAAACAGCCUUGGAAAUGAUAUGGAAGAAUCAGCAAAAGACGCUUCAGCAGUCACUUUAUCAAAUUCCGCUGGAAAGUGAGGCCAGGAGCCUUUUCGUCCCAGAGGAGGAGGGCCCUGAAUUUUCACCAACUCCUGAGGAAGUUAAUAGGGAUGAGGAGAGGCUAGCUAGGCAGAUCGAGCUCAACAGACCCAGAAACUUGCUCAAGAACUUGCCUACCACGGAUUCUCUUCUUAGCAAGGUCUCGGAUGACCCUAAUUUGGGUGAUGACGAAGACGAUGACGAAGUUGAUUUCAUGCUUCUCACUAAGGAGAUGAGCGAAAGUAAAGAGAAGAUCUGGACUUCUCUCAACUACGAGUUCUUGAUCGCUCAGGAAAAGCGUGUUUUGAAACAGGCAGCUGAUGAAAUUGCUGGAAACACUUCGGGUCAGCAGCGCAAGAGGAGAAGAAUCAAGGACACUUCAAUGCAUCCAGUUUUGAACGAUGCUGCGGUUGCAAAUGCCAUUAGUCUGAUAGGCGAGGACGGGAAAACCUCUACGCCUGCAGAUAGUGCCAAGCAAAUGUUGCAGGGUAAGGCAUUUUCCAAGAAGAUCAACUACGACUCUAUUGGAUCACUUUUCCGAAGCGCAGCUGCCGCUGAAUCGUCGAAAAUGGGCAAAAAGAGAAGAGCCGCUAUCCUUCCGACCAACAUUAUUUUGUUGCAGAAUGUCGUCCGCAGAGACCCUGGCUCGUACCAUGAGGAGUUUCUCCAACAGUAUUCCCACUAUGAGUCGUUAAGAGACAUUUUCUUGAUGAACCCCACGCCCGACCAAGGAACAGAGUUUGGGGAGCUCAUUGGCUUCGUUUCGGCGGUUUGUAACUGCUACCCUAAGGAGACAAAGGACUUUCCCGAGGAACUCAAGAAUAUUCUUCUCAACAAUCACAGAGACUUGACUCCCGAGCUCCGAGAGAAGAUCAUCCAGUGUCUUACCAUGCUUAGAAACAAGGGCAUCAUCACCGCUGAAACCUUGAUUGCCACACUCUUCCCCCUCUUACGUGCAUACUCCAGUUCGUCUCAGAACGCAUCCACCAGUUCUCAAAACGCCAAAGCUGUCAGACGUCAGAUCUACAGCACGCUUAUCUCGCUUUUGAAGUCUAUGAACACCGGUGCUAAGAAUCAAAAGAUCAACAGAACCACGCAAGCGUUGCUUUUUGAGUUGCUUGAUCAAAGAGACUCCCAGGGUUUCUGGGCUACCAAACUCACUAGAGAGCUCUGGAGAAGAGGUAUUUGGGACGACUCUAGAACCGUCGAAAUCAUGACUCAAGCUGCAUUGCAUCCUGACAUCAAGGUCAGUACGUCCGGUGCCAAAUUCUUCCUUGGUGCCGAUAAGGAAAGACAGGAGAACUUUGAAAACGACCUGUCUGACGAAGAAGGGUUCGAUAUGGGCGCUUUGAAGCACAAGAUGCAGAUUAACAAGAAGUCGUCCAAGAGAAGCAAGAAGAUGGAGCAGGCCAUGAAGUCGAUGAAGAAGAAGAACAGCAAUAAGGGUUUGGCCACAUACUUGAACUUUUCUGCCAUUCACUUGCUUCGAGACCCCCAGGGUUUUGCUGAAUCCCUCUACGACACGCACAUGAGUAACAAGGCCGCCAACAAGUACGACUUGGAGCACAAGAUCUUGUUCAUGAACCUUGUAUCGAGACUUAUUGGUACGCAUAAGCUUACAGUUUUGGGUAUCUACUCAUUCUUCCUCAAGUACUUGACGCCCAAGCAGAGAAAUGUCACGCAAAUCAUGGCUGCCUCUGCCCAAGCCUCUCACGACUUGGUCCCCCCAGAGAACAUCAACUCUGUUGUGCGCAAAAUCGCCGAUGAGUUCGUCAGUGACGGUGUUGCAUCUGAAGUCGCUGCCGCUGGUAUCAACACCAUCAGAGAGAUUUUGGCUCGUGCACCUCUAGCCAUUGAAGCUCCUCUCUUGCAAGACUUGGUGGAGUACAAGGGCUCCAAGGCCAAGAACGUCAUGAUGGCUGCUAGAUCACUCAUCACGUUGUACAGAGAAGUUGCUCCAGAAAUGUUGCAGAGGAAGGACCGUGGUAAGACCGCUUCUAUGGAGCUUCAGCAUGGAGAGAAGAAGGGGUUGCCGCAGUUUGGUAUCGAAUCCACCACCACCUCUAUUCCUGGUAUUGAGCUCUUGGCCAAAUGGAGAAAGGAGCAAGGUUUGGAGGACGAUGAGGACAAGGACGAAAACUGGGAGGUUGCCGACGAAGACAGUGAUCUGGAUGUCGAAGGUGACUGGGUCAACGUUGAAUCUGAUAAGGAGAUUGAUAUUUCCGACUCUGAGGAUGAAAAGAAGGAUGAGAAGGACGACGAGGAUGAGGACUCUGAUCUUGAACUUUCUGAUGACGAAGAAGGUGAGAAGGAUGAAGCUGGUGCUCCUUUGAAGAAGAAGGCUAAGAUCGCCAAUGCCAAGGCAGAGGAGGCACUUGCUGCUGAAAAGGCCAUGACAGAGAUGCUUUCCAGCAGAAUCCUUACACCUGCUGAUUUCGCCAAGCUUGAAGAAUUGAAGGCUCAGGCUGGUGUUGAGAAGAUUCUCGGUAAGCAGCACAACGAAGAGGAGGUUGAUCUGACUACGUUGGUUGGUAAGGUCAAGUACAAGCAGCUCAGAGAGGAGAGAAUUGCCCAUGCCAAGGAAGGAAAGGAAGACAGAGAGUUUGGUUCCAGAAGAGGCAAGAGAGAGGCACCUCAUUCUACUACAAACAAGGAGAAGGCAAGAAAGAAGAACUUUAUGAUGAUGAUUCACAAGAAGGCUGUCCAGGGCAAGCAGAAGAUGUCUCUCAGAGACAGACAGAAGGUGUUGAGGGCACACAUCACGAAGCAGAAGAAAAAGGGACUUUAG